AUGAAAAUUAUUAGCAAGCGCGAUUCAGCAAGUGGAUUGAAUGUUGCAUUGGACCUAGAAAAGUGGACUGUUAAGCCAAUGAUUUACAAUGUCGCCGAAAAGCAAUGGGAAUACACUCCAGAUCUAGAGGACAAAGAGGUGGAGAAAAUCCAUUUCAAGUUCGUUGACAGCAACGGUACUUGGUUUGCAGAUAACGACUUUCCAAAAGAGUUUGAUAAUAUUGGGAACGAAAAUAAUGUAAUCUACGUCAACGGUAAAGGCUUAGAGUUCAAAAAUUACGUGAACGAUAUCAAAAACGAUGCAGAUUCUCCAGCUAGUACUCCCAAGAAUGCCCGUUUUGCAUCUCCUAGAGAACAGAAACCAGAGGAAACGACCAAUUCGGUAAAAAAGGAAGUACCGGUAGACGAGGGAGUUCAAGCUGUUGAAACUAAAAAGGACACUGAAGGAUCCGCCGAUAAAGCUGAAGCAAUUCCUGCACAGGAACAACUGCAGGAGCCACAGAAUGAACAGGAAAGACCAACUACUUCUGAUACGGCUGUAACUCACAGAAGUGACUCAGUUGUGGAAUACUCGACGUUUUUGGAUAGAAUAAUGCUGUUCCUAAGAAGAUUUAUAAAAAAAUGGUUCACAUUCGAAAGAUCUUCUUCGCCAACUUCCUGA